UUUUAUUUUUAUUUUUAUUUUUAUUUUAUACCCCGUUUCCUCAUUCUAUCGUUGAAGGUUGAUCGCCUCAGAUCGAACCUCUAGCAUUUCGUUUUGGAUCGAGAUAAGGUUAGAGGGGCACCGGCCCACCUACGGACGGCGAUGGAGUCCCUGCAGCACAAGGUGGAGGCAUGGAUCAGAGAUCAGCGAACGAAAAUUUUGAAGGUCUCGUGGCCUCCUGUACAGUGGAAGUUUAUAAGGUGGCCCUGGAAGAACGACCGAGAACAGAGGAAGAAGAUUCAAGAGGAAUACGAGCGAAGAAAGAAGCAACUCCACGAUCUCUGCCUCGCUGUUAAAGCGGAUUCUGUCUCGGAUUUGCGGGAUAUUCUUUGUUGCAUGGUGAUCUCUGAGUGUGUUUACAAGAGACCUGCUUCUGAGGUUGUUCGAGCUGUGAACAAAUUUAAAGCUGAUUUUGGAGGACAAGUUGUGUCUUUGGAGCGUGUGCAACCUUCUGCAGAUCACGUUCCUCACAGGUACCUGUUGGCAGAAGCUGAUGACACAUUAUUUGCAUCCUUUAUUGGAACAAAACACUACAAGGAUGUCAUUGCUGAUGCACAUAUACUGCAAGGUGCCAUAUUUCAUGAGGAUGCUGUAGAAGAUAUUGAUGGGAAUGAAGCUACUGAAUCUGACCAAGUUGAAAAACGAAAGGGAAGUGUAGAUAAUAAUAUUAGGAAGCCUUUUGACACAAAAUCUAAGAAAAUCAGUCAUAAACCAAAGCCUGCUGCUCAUAGGGGAUUCUUGGCUCGUGCCAAAGGAAUACCUGCUUUGGAGUUGUACAGGCUUGCUCAGAAGAAGAAACGGAAACUUGUUUUAUGUGGACAUUCACUUGGUGGAGCUGUAGCAGUUUUGGCUACCCUUGCAAUUUUGAGGGUUGUUGCUGCAUCAUCUUCAUCAAAAGAACAUGAAAAAGUUCAUGUUAAAUGUAUAACAUUCUCCCAGCCCCCAGUUGGGAAUGCUGCUCUAAGAGAUUAUGUUAUUGGAAAAGGGUGGCAGCAUUAUUUCAAGACUUACUGCAUUCCAGAAGAUCUAGUUCCCCGUAUCUUAUCCCCUGCAUAUUUUCACCACUACAAUGCACAGUCUUUGUCGAUGCUGGCUGAUGUUGGAACAAUGAAUUCAUUAAUGUCAAAGAGUGAGGGGGAAUUAGAUAAAUCAAGGGUUGAAAAACUGAAAGAGACUGAAGGGGAACAGCUGGUUCUGGGUUUAGGCCCUGUGCAGAGUUCCUUUUGGAGAAUUUCAAAGCUUGUUCCUCUAGAGAGUGUUAGAAGACAGUUCAACAAAUACAGAGGGAAACAAGUUGAUCCCCUUGAAAAAUCAACUGAUUUUCCCUUAGCGUCUUCCAGUGGGGAUGUUGCAGAUGAACUGCAGUCUCUUGAAAUUCAAGAGGGCUCUGAUAGCAUCUCUCUUAGGCCAAUAUCUGAUGCAAACAAAGUGCCACCAGAUGCAGCUGCAAAUGGAAAAUUGGGAGGAAAAAGCAAUAAUAAUAUAGAUGGUAGGGCAUGGCGUAGAGUGCCUUACUUUCCUUCAUAUGUACCAUUUGGGCAGCUUUUUCUUCUGAGGAAUUCAUCAGUGGAAUCACUAUCAGGAGCAGAGUACUCAAGUCUAACAUCAGUUAGAUCUGUGAUCACUGAAUUGAGGGAAAGAUUUCAGUCACAUUCAAUGAAGUCAUAUAGAUCUCGAUUUCAAAGAAUCUAUGACUUGUGCAUGAGUGAUAAUGCUCCAUCUUUCUUAGGGGCAGAGCAAUUUCCCCAUUUGCAACAAUGGCUUGGCCUUUCAGCUGCAGGUGCUGUUGAGCUUGGGCAUAUUGUGGAGUCACCAGUUAUUCGCACCGCUACAUCGAUUGUUCCUCUUGGAUGGAAUGGUAUUCCCAGUGAAAAGAAUGGAGAAGCUUUGAAAGUUGAUAUUACUGGUUUUGGGUUACAUUUAUGUACACUGGUUCAGGCCCAAGUAAAUGGAAACUGGUGUUCAACAACAGUGGAAUCUUUUCCUUCAGCGCCGAAUUACUUCUCAAGUUUUGGAGUACCACCUGUUUUACAAACAAUACGAGUCGUAGUUGGACCUCCGAUGAGACAGCCACCAAAGAAUCUGAUAGCAGCAGAUGUAUUGAUGUCUGAUUUUCCUUCUGUUGAUUCAUACACAGUUAAUCUUAAUAGGGAACAUAAUGCUGGAGCAUUUCAUGAUGGAAGAUUCAUCCGCCCUGAAGGUUUAAAUGACUUUGUAAUGUUUUGUACUAGUGAUUUCAGUACCGUCUCCAAGGAAGUUCAUGUCAGAACUCGUAGGGUUCGGUUAGUUGGCCUAGAGGGUGCUGGUAAAACUUCUCUUUUUAAGGCAAUCCUGGGUCAGGGCAGGCCAAUCAAUGCUAGUGAUGUUGAGAAUCUGUGUCCAGAGGAUCUUGUUCAAGAAGGUAUUGCUGGUGGUUUAUGCUACUCAGAUUCAGCGGGAGUAAAUUUGCAGGAUCUGAAGAUGGAGGCUUCUUGUUUCAGGGAUGAAUUAUGGUUGGGCAUUCGUGACCUUAGUAAAAAAAUAGAUUUGAUUGUUCUUGUGCAUAAUCUGUCGCACAAAAUACCUAGAAACAAUCACUCAGAUGUAUCACACCAACCUGCCCUUGCACUUUUGUUAAACGAGGCUAAAGCACUUGGGAUCCCUUGGGUCCUUGCCAUUACUAACAAAUUCUCUGUCAGUGCACACCAGCAAAAAGCAGCAAUUGAUGCUGUCCUGCAGGCAUAUCAAGCAUCUCCAAGCAUGGCUGCAGUUGUCAAUUCCUGCCCAUAUGUUAUGCCCAGUUCUGCAGGUGCUGCUUUAUCUCUGGGUGUGAUGGAUGGAGAUUCUAAUGGGAGGAUGGGUGGUCAAAAGCUGAUUUUUGCUCCCAUUAACUUUGUCCGGUGGCCCUUCCAGAAGAAAACAACUGUUCUCUCUGCAGAGGGUGUGACUGCUCUUUGUCAGCUGGUCCAGUCUGUGCUCCGGAGCCAUGAAGAAGCCUCCUUGCAGGAAUUAGGCAGCGACAGGCUUUUGUUUGAAUUGGAGCGAGAACGUGCAAGGGCAACUGAUGCUCGCUGGAAUUCUCAAGCCAACUCUACAAGUGCUGCAGCUGUCGGCGCUUGCGUCGGGGCUGGUCUUGGCCUUGUCUUGGCUGUUGUCAUGGGCGCAGCUUCUGGUUUGAGGAAACCCUGAGAAUUCCCGGGUUUAAUUUUAUAUUUGAAUUUGGAUUUCUCUUUGCCCCCCUUGCUGUAAAGGUCUGAUAUCAUUUUUUAUAUUUUUGCUCUCAACACUGGAUGUAGUGUUAAUUGUCUUGGUGCAUUUGUAGUAAUUAGUAAAUGAUUCCUGAUUUGUUUAUUUUAUUCAUGUGACAUUUACAGUGCAGACAGUUUUAAUUCUUUUGGAAUGAUUUUAUGGGUAAACCUAUAAAAAUUUGUUGUUCAUGAAGGCUAAUAUAUUAUUCUUUUAGAAA